UGUGGAGUACUUGAAAGAAAAACGUUUUACUUCCUGUUCUAACGGAAGUCUUAUGCCCAUACACGCUCGAAAAUCGCGGACAGUCUGCGAAGAAAUCGAGAUGGUUGAGCUGAGUGGCAGCAGUCAGCCAACAGUGAUGCUGGGACAAUUAAAUACCGGUGGAUUGCCAAGUCUAGGUACAUCAGUACCCGGAUCGUCUUCAUCCUCGUCAACGACAACAACCGCGGCGUCCUCGUCAACAACAACGACAACAAGUCGGGCGGGUAUCCUGGAGACCCAAGUACGAAGUCAGUGGUACCGCGUGUUUGUUUCUCUGGAGGAGGACUAUCUGAGCAUAUCCCUCGACGAGAGUUACGAGCACAUAUUCGCGGGCAAUGGCGGUCCGCUAAACGGCAACAUAAAUAACAAUAAUAUUGACAGUCUGAAUGAUCCGGACGUACCGGACUCGGUGGCAAAUCAGAAGCGCAUUGUUCGCGUUGUCAAGGGCGACAACAAUGGUCUCGGUAUUUCAAUAAAGGGCGGGAAAGAAAAUAAAAUGCCCAUUCUCAUAUCCAAGAUCUUCAAAGGUAUGGCUGCUGAUCUUACAGAACAGCUUUAUGUCGGUGACGCUAUUCUCGCGGUGAAUGGCGAAGAUCUACGUGAAGCCACUCAUGAUGAAGCUGUCAAGGCUCUUAAACGCGCUGGCAAGGUUGUGGAACUCGAGGUGAAAUAUCUACGAGAGGUGACGCCGUACUUUAGAAAAGCUUCAAUAAUUCAAGAAGUCGGCUGGGAACUUCAACGGGGAUUUUUAAGUGCGACUCCACCACCGCCGAAAUCGCCACCGCGAGCGGACACGCGUUAUCUUCCUCUGCAGCUCUGCAGACUUACCCGAGCUCAUCCAUCCUCUGAUCCCGAAGGUCGGAUUUUGGAACUCCAUUCGCCUGACGGAGUCCAUGAGUGCUGGCUGAGGGCAGCCGACACAACUGAGGCGAAUGUUUGGUUCAAUGCACUCCAUUCAGCGUUGGCUUCGCUAACAUUGAGAGCUUUGAGGCUCGCAUCAGUGCUUCCGGAUCCUCCACAUCUCCAACACAUCGGCUGGCUGGCCAGACGUCACUGUGUUCAGAACGGACGAGCAUCGAGUGAAAGCAGCGAAGACGGGGCCGGCAGUAGUACGAGCAUGUCUCGAGUCGCCGGGAGUUACAUCGGUGUCAGUUGCGCCGGGGGAUGGCGGAGCGUCUUCGGGGCAGUAUCAAGCCGGGAGCUGAGGCUCUAUGAAUGCGCGCCCUGGAGCCCGGAGGCUUGGGCGUCACCGAGCAUCACGUGUCCACUUAUAGCCACCAGACUUGUUUCAUCGUCAACGCGAAAUAAUGAAGCCGGGUCCAGCAGCGGCAGCAGUAAUAGCGGAACAAUGAACGGAGCAACAUUUGCAGUACGUGUUGGCACCAUAGACGGGGUUAUUACACAUCACCUGAGGGCUGAAACGCGAAGAGAUUUAGCUACCUGGGCGAGGGCAAUAGUUCAAGGAUGUCACACAGCAGCUCUCUCGUUACGUGAAUACACUGUCCGCUGUUUAUGGCAAGGUAGACCGUGUAAACUGGUCGUCAACACCGAAGAAGGUUUUAUGCUCUACGCAGCAGGUGCAAGACCCGUCAACGGAGCCAGUCCGGGAUCCCCACCGGCCCCGCUCUGGAAACGCUCUUUCGACAAACUGAGACUGUCUGCUGAUGAUGGCUCCAGAUUGUUAUGGCUCGACUUUAUCGACGACGACAAUGAGCUUGAGCUGGACCUCGAGAGCUGCCCCAAGCCGAUAGUUUUCGUUCUUCACAAUUUUUUGUCUGCUAAAAUCCAUCGCCUCGGAUUGAGCGCAUAG